AUGGUUACUGUGGAUGUGGCUGCUGGAGUUGUAGGAAAUUGGAAGGAGACAUAUCAGUGGAUACCUAUAUUUGGCGGCAUAGCUGCAAUCUCAUUGGCUUUUUCCGCUGCUGCAAACAACGUUCCAACUUCAUUCUCGUUGCCGGUAGGGUCAGGGUCUCUGACAUUUCUGAAGGCAGCAAUACUGGCAUUUAUGGUCUACAUUCCCGGAACAGCCUUGGCAAGCAGUGGUUCUAUUAGUACACUUUUCUCUGAUUUCCUUAGAGAGAAUCAACCAAUUCAAGGAUUCUUAAUGUGGAGUAUGGUAGUUGUUCUCAUCACAGCAACACUAUGGCUGGCAAUUGCAACUUAUUUCGAGCUACCAGUGUCAUCUCAGCAGUCAACACAAGGUGCCCUUCUAGGGACAAUGCUUGUCAGUGAAGGUUUUGGCUUCAUACCUUUCUGGAACAAGAAUGGAUAUCAUAAGUUCAAUGGUGGUGGUCUUCUCUGGAUUUUCCUCGAAUGGACUGUGGCUCCUAUAGUAGCUUGUGCUGCUGCAUUUUUAUUCUUUAAGAUCCUGAAGGUUGCUCUUCUAUCUCAUGAAAAUUCAGAGAAAAGGAUCCUGAUUUUCCUCCCUAUUUACUAUGGAAUGGCCGCUGGACUGCUUUGCUUUUUUAUCAUGUAUCAGAUUCUACCAAAUCUUAUGGUGGUCAACAUGUGGACUAUCGUCAUUGCUGUCACAUUGUCCACCUUGAUUGGAGCAGUUUCAUCUUCGUUUGUGGUGGUUCCUUUUGCUAGAACAAGAAUGGCUUCUGUUCCGCGAUUCAAGACGAUGAAGAGAACAAAAUCUAUGGAGCAAGAAGGCUUAGAAAACCAAGAUGAAGCCUCUGAUGCUAAAGUUGAAGAAAUGCUGAGAGAUUUCAUGCAGAUGAGAGUUCUUGAUACAGUCUAUGAAGAGGAGGAAAAGAGCUGGGCUUCACCUGAAAAUGCAGCAGGUAGUGAACAUGCUCAAUCAAAUUCUCAGCUGGGAUCAACACCAUUAAGACAACUGCUUGAGUUGACACCUAAUCAGUUGGUUAAACCAAGAAACUUCGAUAGCAUUGAGAGAGAGACUGUCUUCGAUGCUAUUCGACAUUCUGUUAAAUCUAUCCUUUUUCCUGUCAUACAGUACGACAGACCUACUCUAAUACGCCAUGCUAUAGUAGAAAAUUUUGAUGAUAUGGAAGACUUCUUUGGUUUCCACUGCUUCUAUCAUCAUGCAUAUUUGCGUAGGCUUAUCCAAUCUGCAAACGAGAUUGCUCCUCUAAUGAGCCCAUUCAGUGCCAUUCUUGAUGUUUUUAAGCACAGAACAAGAGUUCAAUGGUGGAUUAGAGCAAUUGGAGGACUUGGUGCAUCUACCGGAUUCCUUCUUUGUGGCUGGCGUCUUACACAAUGCCUUAGCAGCAGGCUGACAUACGUUAGUAAUUCAAGGGGACUGGCCUCACAGUUGUCUACUGUGGCAACAAUCAUCAUUGUUUCCAGAGUGAAGCUUCCAGUGUCAAGUUUGCAUGCUUUUGUUGGAGCUUUAGUAGGAGUUGGGCUUGCUGAUGAAUCACGGAAUGUGAACUGGAAGCUCCUGCUGAAAUUCCUCGGUGGGUGGAUUGCUACAAUCAUAUUCUGCUCUACUGUGGCUUAUGGCAUCUACUCUGCUUCAACACACUCUCCAGCAUACGUGGAGGUUCCAGAUGCAUAUAGUAACGCUGCUGCACUUAAAGCAUACCCAAAUGUGAGGCUGUCUUUCAAGGCAGUUAAAUUGUGGCUGAUGGACAAAGCUAUACUACCCAUCGAAAAUUCUGUUGGUGGGAGUAUCCACCGUAAUUACGACUUAAUCCUCUUCCACGAGCUGCACAUAGUGGGGGAGGUGUAG